AUGGCUUCCAAUAGAAGAGAAGAGAUAAAGAAGAAGCAAGAAUUACAAGCCAAGUUUCAAUUUUCUAUAGCUCAGAAUAAUGCACGUGUGUUGAAUUGGUUACAGCCUGUAAGAAGUGAUACAACAACAACAACAAUAACAACCACAAAGAGCAAGGAGGGUAAAGAGGACCAAAAGGAUGAUUUCUUAAACCUACAAGUAAUUGCGCCUGGUGCUACUUUAAGUUUUACCAAAAAUACGCAAACAGUGGGUGAUUUUUUGAAUUCAAAAGAUUUGACUAGAACAUCAGAGAGUAAUAAAGCGAAUCAACAGAAUGGCACGGGAGAUAAUUUUAGGAAGUACGGGGAAAAUAAAGCAAUGAAUGCGUUGUUGAAUAAGAUCAGGAAUGAGAAUAGAGAGAAGAUCAGGAGUCGGCACAAUAGUGGAGAACUGCAGAAAAAGCAGAGUAAACGAGAAGAUUAUCGACAGUUUAAGGGUGGAAGCAGUAACAAUAGCAGUGGUGUUGGUAGUGGUAACCAGCUGACUCUACCGGAAAACGAUUCUGAUUCCGAUCCGGAUCUAGAUGCCGUAAGAUCUCGUUCAGUGAAAAAGACAAAUAUUGGAAGAGUAGGAAAGAAAAGCCGUCCAUUUUAA